AUAUACUCGUGAUCAUAAUUUUCAAAUUUAGUACUAUUUAGGAUUGUUUCUUAAUAAUAUUUUUCGUAAUUUUUGUCAAUCACCAUAUGUUAAGGAAGUAAUCUAUUCUCGGCUAUGCAUGAAUCAUUUUCUAACGCACGAUCGUAUUAGGAUAGUUUCACAUUUAAUUAUUUACUCCAUCCGUCCAUAAAAGAACUUCCCGGUUUGACUGGGCACGCAUACUAAGAAAAAGUGUAAAUGUGAUUGACUUUCCCAAAACACCCCUCAACCUCUUCCUCUUCUCUUCCGUACUCCAGAACACUUCUCUCCCCUAGUUUUCUGUUUUUGGUUGACAAACCAAUUUAGCCGCCCACCAAAGAGCAUCCAUAGGCGAGGCAAGUGUUAGCCGCCGACAAGGUGGCAGCAAUCGGCACCGAAAGAUACGAUUGUGGCAAUUGCGAUGCAAAUCAAGGCAACGACGACCGACGACGCAUCCAAAGCAGCGGCAAAAUAAAUAUUUACAAUGAUUAACGGUAGAUCUGCGCAAUCCGAUCCGACUGCCACCUUGCUGCUCCAAUGGUAUUUCCGACUGCCGACUCAUUGUUACACUGUGUCACCAAUUGCUGCUAUAAAUCUGAAUUAACAAAAAAAUCAGAUAGAUCUAAAAAUGGAGGAAGAAGGCGAUUGCAAAGAAAAUACACAUUUUAUGUGUUUCAUCAAAGAAUUUGAUUGAAGAUUUUGUAGAAACAAAGAAUAAUCAAUUUGAACGAAAUAGGGAUGACUGUCAACAAAAGAAUGAAAGAGGUGGAACAUUGUGAUGGAGACGGGGAUGAGUCGAGCAAGAAGAUGAAGAUCAGAAAAGAGAACAGAGAUGGCAACCAUCUUCUCUUCUUGUUUUCUCUUCCCUUCUCCGAACGAUUCGAGCCAGCUUCAUCCACUCCGCUGUCUCCGAUUUCAGAGUCAUUGCCGUAUUGCCACCAAUUUGUAUUCUCCACGCCCGUUUGCGUUGAAUAGGGUUUCGAGGACAAAGAGGAUAAAGUCCUUAGCGGAGGAGGGUUCCUUUGUUUCAGUGGGUGAGGGUGAAGGCGUUGUUACGGUGGAGGAUGCAUCUUCGCCGCCGCCUGUUUCUGUUUCCGUGGCUCCUUCUGACGUCCUCACCAUGUUUUUCCGCGCCGAAGGAACCAUGGUAGAAGCAGACAUUCCUAAGGUGACCAAGGCUUUAGAGGAAAAAGAAGGUAUAGCAGAUCUCGAAGUUCAUGUUUUCGAGGGCAUGGCAAGUGUGGAGCUGACAAAGCAAACAACAAUGCAAGCAACAGGGGUGGCCUCAGGUUUUGUUGAGACUCUACUAGGCUCAGGUUUUAAGUUGCGAACAUUGAAUUUGAGCUUUCAGGAUGGGGAGGGUCUGCAGUAGGCCUUAUGUCUCUAUUCUAUUUUAUUUUUCAUCUGACACAAAUCGGCACGAGAAUACGCAUACACGAAGAGUCGAAGAGUAUGCCCUUUCUCAUUGCUGCCAGCUUAAUGGGGCAUUUGUUGCUAGUAUCAUAGUUGAUAAGGUACAUAUCGUGUUGGGUUACUGGAGUGUUUCACAGCCGGCAUUUUGUAUUCCUAUUUUGUAAUUGUCUUGUUCAAACAGUUCUUUUUCUUUUUGGGUAUACGUUGUUUGAUUUCUUAAAAUUUCCUGCCAUUGAAGGAUGCUGCAUUCAGGUUUUUAAAAAAGGUUAACUCAUGGU